CGACUUGUACGCCACUGCUCACAAGAUGAUCCUGUGACCGUACCGACACUCUCUAUACCUACCUCCCUGAUCAACCACCUCGCCCGAAGCAGUCGCCCUGUCCACCUCCAAAUGGCAACACCCGCAAUCCGUCGCCGAAGCGGAAGCUGCUAGCUGACUCACCCAUACGUGUUGUACCUGAUCUCGCACCACCACACCGCAUAGACACAGCACGCAUGUCUGGUGACAGCCCUCUCGCGCAUCCUGACAGCCCCAGGUCAGGCGUCGCGAACCGUCUCCAACAUCUAGCAAUUCGGCAGCCUCAAUCACCACCACAACCGCCAUCAUCAUCAUCAGAAGCAGCUUACGAAGUGCCAAGCAGCUCUCAAUCUCCGCGCAAAAAGUUAAAGCGAAACCCUCACAUUCGAGAUUUGCGCGGUGAUGUGCAGUCUCGAGAAUUGCUCAAGACUCCUCCGCCUCAAUCACUGGAGAUUCCGGAUAGUGUGAGCGAUAAUUCUACGCUUCUACUGGAAGUGCAGGAGACUCCGGACGUGUAUGCAAGAUUGCCUUCAACACCGCACACUCGUGGAGAUGGAGCAGAUAGUUGGAGUCAAGCGGUUGAUGUAGUCAUGGCUGAGCCAGAACAUCAUCAGUCGAGUACGAGGAAUCCGAAAAGGAUGAUGUCUCCGCCUCCUCCUUCACCGCCGGUGGGAGAGAAAUCAUCCCGGUCUGCCGAUGCUGUGGAUCCGUUCAUGCCGUCGUCUACACGGCCUACGGUUGACGGGGACACCAUAUUCGAUCUCUCUUCCUUGACUUGGCGCGACGAAGAGAUCACGGGCCAUCUCCUCAACUCGCCGGAUGACGAUGGCGAAGGCAUCAAUGGAAUCGGCUUUCGUCCCACAGCUGCAAUGGCGCAUGCUCGGAGUCAGAGACGGCGACAGCAAGUGGAAAGUUGGAGGGCUCGAGAAGCUCGAGAAGCUCGACAGCGAAGGCUCGAUCGCAGACGUAAGUCCAGUCGCAGUCGAGGAGCGAGUGGUGGGACUCUGGAUGGCGCGAGUGAUGAUGUCGCGGGUCAAGAUGGAAAUGGCAGGAGAACCGUGAGAUUCGCUGCAUGAAUGUGGCGAAGUUGACGACAUCCAUGUGAAUGGAAAGGGGGAAUGGGAGUGAUGAUUCUACUUGGAUGAAUGAGAAUUGGAAUUAUCAUGCGAGUCUUGGGGCAGAGACGACCAUCAGGCGGUACAGCAGGCCGGGCUGGUUCGAGACUACAUGUACAUACAUGUACCUUAUGAGAGAUGAUGAUGAUGAUGACGAUGACGG